UUCGUUUGUGUCAAACUGUAAGUGUUUGUGAUCCAGGAGAGAUGGCGCAGAAAACACUCGACCAAGAAGCCUUUUCCUGCUCCGUGUGUUUGGAUCUACUGAAGGAUCCUGUGACUAUUCCCUGUGGACACAGCUACUGCAGGAACUGUGUCCAACAGCACUGGGACCAAGAGGACGACAAGCAGCUCUACAGCUGUCCUGAAUGUCGCCUCAGCUUCAGCCCCAGGCCUGUCCUGGUUAAAAACAUCAUGUUAGCAGGUUUAGUAGAGCAGAUGAAGAAGACAGCGCCCCCUGCUGCUCGCUGCUAUGCCGGACCUCAGGAUGUGUCCUGUGAUGUGUGCACUGGGAGGAAGCUGAGAGCUGUCCAGUCCUGUCUGCAGUGUGUGGCCUCUUACUGUGAGCGCCACCUACAGCCUCAUCAUGAAGCUGCAGCGCUUAAGAAACACCAGCUGGUGGAGCCGUCUCACAUGCUCCAGGAAAACAUCUGCUCUGAACACCACAGACUGAUGGAACUAUUCUGCCGCAGUGACCAGCAGCUGCUCUGCUCCCUGUGUGUGGACCAACAUAAGGGUCAUGACAUAGUGAGCUCUGCCUCAGAGAGGGCUCAGAGGCAGGCAGAGCUGCCGGCCAGGAGGGCCCUGCUGCUCCAGAACCUCCAGCACAAAGAGACAGACCUGAAGAGGCUCCAACAGGAGGCCCAGGACAUCAGACGCUCUGCCCAGACAGCAGUGCAGCGCAGCGGGGACAGCUUCACACAGAUGGCCCUUCUCCUGGACAAAAGACGCUCUGAAGUGGAGCAGCAGAUCCGCUCCCAGGAGCAGACCCAACUGAGCCGAGUCCAAGAGCUCCAGGACCAACUGCAGCAGGACGUGAGGGGGCUGAAGAGGAGCCUCUCGGAGCUGGACACACUGGCCCUCACCCAGGAUCAUAACCAGUUUAUACAGGUCUACACUUCACUGUCCCCACACACACAGAGCACAGAGACACACACCAUUCACACAGGGGACCGGAGCUACUUUGAGGAAGUGACCAGAGCUGUGUCCAAGCUCAGAGACACACUCCAGCUCACUCUGAGUCCAGUCCAGGUUUUACUGGCACCAGCUGAACCCAGCUCCAGAGACGACUUCUUACAAUAUUCUACAGAAAUCACUCUGGACCCAAACACAGUUCACACCAAACUGUCUCUGUCUGAUGGAAACAGAAGAGUAACAUUUAUGAGUGAAGAACAGAGUUAUCCAGAUCAUCCAGAUAGAUUCAGUGUGUGUCAGGUCCUGAGCAGAGAGAGUCUGACGGGUCGCUGUUACUGGGAGGUGGAGUGGAGCGUGAGGUGGGCUCGUAUAGCAGUUUCAUACAGAGAUAUUCAGAGGAAAGGAUACUCUAAUGAAUGUGGAUUUGGAAACAAUGAUAAAUCCUGGGCUUUACAGUGUAAAUCUAACAGUUAUUCAUUUUGGUUUAACAAAGUCCAGUCCCAGGUCUCAGGUCCAGUCGAGUCCAGAAUCGGGGUUUACCUGGACCACAGUGCAGGGGUUUUGGCGUUUUACAGCGUCUCUGAAAGAACCAUGAGCCUCCUCCACAGAGUCCAGACCAAGUUCACUCAACCUCUCUACACUGGAGUCUGGAUUGGUGGGGGCUUUCUUUCUUUGAUUGGAGCCACUGCACAUUUCCCUAAACUCAUAUAGCAGCUUUCUUCUUCACAGUUUGGGAUCAAAUUUGUGUCUUGAAUUUUUGACUAUUCAGAUAAAAGUCUCUUCAUGAGGGAAUAAAAAAGAUACAAAAUGAUUCAAAAACUAGAAUUAAAACAUGACUCUUCUGAAAAAUAAAAUAGCUAAAAAAAUAUAUAAAAACAGGACAUCAUAUUGCCAAGUUUAUUUGUUUUUUUUGUUUUUUUUACAAUGCUUUUGAUCUUCAUAAGAAAUACUUUUGCUACUCAUGCUUCUUUUUUUAAGUCAUAUAUUGUCUAAUCUGUACAUAUUUCACAUCAGACACUGCUUUGAAGUAACUUGAUUUCAACUUUCAUUUCCAAUGGUAUUUUAAAGUAUGUAAAGUAAGUGUAUGUAAAUGUCAUGUCAGACUGGAGCAGUGAUGGUGUGUGUGCUCUGUGUUUCUGUGUGUACAUGGAACUGUGUUUUGUGUCCACUUGAAUCAGAAUUGUAAAAGUUGUUCAGGGCCACAGAAUGAGGAACACUGGUUAUAUAAUGAUGAAGACAAACAGCACCAUCUUUACACUGGAACUUUUCAAUCACAAAUCAAUCUGUUUCAUGUGUUUCCUCCUGUGUAGAUAGUGGAGCAAAAAAUUCUCAAAUAAAAGUAAAAGUAUCAUGAAAAAAUUGACACAAGUAAAAGUAUCAAAGUACCUGUUUAAAAAUGUAUUUCAAGAGUAAAAAGUACAAGUAUUUUGUGUAGAUUUUGCAAUCUUAUAAAGCUUCAAAUGUAGUGACUCUGAUACAGAUUUGUGCUGAAUUUUGUUCAACAGAAAUAAAUGAAUCGACUGAUUUUUUUUCCCCAA